UGGCGUGCCCGGCCACCCCAGAGCCAGCAGGGCGACGAGAGGCUGCGACUCCAUACCCUGCACACCCUGCUGCAGCAGCUUCGCACUUUCUACCAGGAUGAUCUGCAGCAGCUGAUUCUAAUGACUCCCCCUAAUGUGCAGCUUCUCGCCAGAGACCCCCUGACAGAACAGAGCAUCGAGGAGAUGCGGAAGCUGCUGCUGCUGCUGCUGGGGGCUGCUGUGCAGUGUGAGCGGAAGGCAGAGAUCAUUGAACGGAUCCAGGGACUGGACAUUGAGACCCAGACUGCGCUGGCCGGUACCAUCCAGGAGGUGACCCAGGGCCCAGGGGUGGUGCUGAGCCUGCAGUGGGGGGCACUGGCUGAGCUGCACCCCUUGGAGCUGACACGGGUCCUGCAGGAGCUGUCGUCCCAGCUGCAGGGCCUGGUGCAGGAGCGGGAUGCAAGUGCGGAGAGGCUGUGGGAGCUGCAGCAGGAGCGGGAGGUGUCAUCCCCCCAUGGCCAACUGUCCCCCGAGGGGCCCUGGGACAAUCGCCAGCACCUCGGGGUGCAACUGGCUGACGCCCGGGGCCAGGCCCGGCGCCUGCGCCAGGAACUGGAGGAGAAAUCUGAGGAGCUGCUGGAUCAGCACCAGGAGCUGCAGGAGCUGGAGGCCGAGUUGAGAAGGCUGCGACAAGAGCACCGGGCAGUGGCGGGUGAGGCGCGCCUGGCGGGGCUGUACCGGGAUGAGCUGGAUGCCAUGCGGGAGAAGGCGGCCCGGGCUGAGCGCCUGCAAGGGGAGCUCUCGGCCCUGCGGGAGCGACUGCCUGCACUGGAGCGGUGCCGGGGCAGGCUGGAGGAGGAGCGGGCCUUCUCCCAGGCCCUGCUGGACAGCAAGGCACAGCUGGAGGGGCAGCUGGAAUCCGCCCGCGCCCGAGCCCAGCACCUGCCCCGGCUCGAGAAGGAGAAUCUGCUGCUGCGGAGCCAAUUAGAGCAAGUUGAAGAGGAGCGGGAGCGGGAGCGUCAGCAGCUGGAGGAGCUGCAGCAGGAGAAGGUGUUGCUGGAGGAGGAGCUGAAGCAGAAUCUAGGGGAGUCCCAGCACCUGUUCUGGGAAGAGGAGCAGGAGCCCAAUGAGGCUCCCAGUGACCCUGCUGAGAUUCCCAAGUCCUUGAGCUAUGAGGUGACCGAGGUGACAUCCAGCUGCCUGCUAGCGCUGGAGCGGGAGAACCAGGAGCUGCGCCGGAGGCUGCAGGAGGCACUGGAGGCCCUGGGAGAACCCAGGAGUCCAGGCCUUGAGCAGAAGAAUAAGGCCCUCAGCAAAGAGGUGCAGCGACUGGGGGCAGAGCUGGAAGCCCAGCGGGCCCGGAGCUCCCAGGAGCGGGAGGAGCUGAGCGCCGCCCUGCUGGGGGAGAAAGAGCAGCUGGAGCGGGAGCUGCGCAGCUUGCAGGAGCAGCGGCACUGCGAGCAGGGGUCUCUGCAGAGCCAGGGGGACCUAGGUGCCUGGGCCCAGGAGCAGCAGGAGGCACUGGCAGAGAGUGGGCGCCGGCUAUGCCAGGUAGAGGAGCGGGCAUCCAGCCUGCAGGAGGCAUUGCGCCGUCUGGAGGCCACUCACGCCAAGGCCCUGGAGGGGCUGACUGCCUCCCAGGAGGCCCGGGGACGCCUGGAGCAGGAACUGCUGAGACUGCGGCAGGAGCUGGAGCAGCAGCGCCUGGAGGCCCUGCUGCUGGGGCAGCUGGAGGCCGAGGUCCAGGCGCUGGAGAAGGAGCGAGAGGCGCUACAGGCGGAGUUGAGUCAAGCUGAACAGGAGCUGGCAGAGGCCCGGGGCAGUCUGGAGGCAGAGCGGCAGCGGGCCGGGCGCCAGGCUGAACAGGCGCGGGAGGCCACAGAGGAGUUGCGGGCAUCCGAGCGUGAGCUGGGCACCCUGCAGCGUGGGCUGGAGCAACACAAGGCGGCCCUGACCCAGCUGGAGGGCGAGCGAGGGGCACUGGAGGCAGUGCUGAGCCAGGCUGAGAGAGAGCGCCGGGUGCUGGACAAGGAGAUCCGGCGUCUGCGGGCCCAGACCCAGGCCCAAGAGGAAGCACUUGCAGAACAGGGCCGCCGGGCCGCCCAGCUGGAGGCCCAGAGCCGGCUGCAGGCGCUGGAGUUGGGCGGGCUGAGAGAGACAGCGCAGCGGCUGCAGGAGCUGGAGCAGGAGAGCAAGGGGCUGCGGGAGCAGCUGGCAGCUGAGCGCAAGGCCUCAGCCACUCUGCGGGAGGAGCUGCUGAGCGAGAAGGUGAAGGGACAGGAGCGGGAGGCUGACCUGCUGCGGCUGCGGGAGCAGCUGGAGCGGCGGGAGGAGGAGCAGCGCCUCCUGGAGGAGCAGCAGGGCACCCACCAGAGAAUGCAGCGCUGCUGGCAGAGAAGAAAGACGGCACUGAUGGGGCGGCUGGGGCAGCUGGAGUCGCAGCUGGGCACCUUGCAGGGGGAGCUGCUGAGCCUGCAGGGGCAGAGCGGAGGCCUGCGGGAGGAGAGUGGGCGACUGCAGGCCCAGUGUGGGGCCCUCCAGGUGGAGCAGGCAGCGUUGCUGUCCCAGAAGGCAGCACUGGAGGCUCGGGCGUCGGAGCUGCGGGAGCGAGUGGCAGGGCUGGAGGCUGAGGUACGGGUGGCCCGGCAGGAGCGGGACGAGUGGCGCGGGCGCCACGAAGGGCUGGUGCGCAACCAUGACAAGCUGGCACUGCUGCACGAGCGCCAGGGUGCUGAGCUGGAGGGGCUGCUGGGCAAGCAGGCCGGCCUCAAAGGGGCACUGCGGGCACUGGAGCAGGAGCACCGAGCCCUGCAGGACAGGCACAGCCAUCUGGUGGCACAGCAGGCCGGGCUGGAACAGCGGGAGGCAGCCCUGCGGGGGGAACGGGAGCGGCUGGAGGAGGCUGAGCGGGAACACCGGCAGCUGGGGGAGCAGCAUGCCCGGCUGCAGGACGAGCAUGCACGGGUGCAGACGGCGCUGGCUGCAGCCGAGCGAGCGCAGGAGGAGCAGCAAGGGGAGCUGCGGGGCCUGCGGGGCCGGCUGACGGGGCUGCAGCUGGAGCAGGCGCGGCUGGAGGCUGAGGGCACUGCCCUGCGGGAGCAGAACCACCAGCUGGAGGUAGCGCUGGGCCGGAUCGGAGACCAGUGUGAGCUCCUGGCCCAGCUGAAGGGAAACCAGGAGGAGGAGAACCGACACCUGCUGCAGGAGAUCCAGAAACUGAGCCAGGAGAACCGCAGCCUGCUGGAGCGCAGCAUGGAGAGCCGGGAGCAGUACCACUCAGAGCAGCGCCAGCACCUGGAUAAGCUGAAUGAGCUGCGCCGGGAGAAACAGAAGCUGGUGGAGAAGAUAAUGGACCAGUACCGGGUGCUGGAGCCAGCGCUGCCUAAGAGCAAGAAGAGCAGCAACUGGAUUGCGGACAAGAUGAAGAAGCUGAUGAAGCCGCGGCGUGAGCCCCCCCGGGAACAGCAGCGCCCCCUGGCGGAGGGGGCCAAUAGCAUUGAGAACCUGCCGGUACUUGGGCAGGAUGGGCGUGCACCUGAUGGUGACUCCAGCGCCCCUGCCUCGCCUGUGCCCCUGCGCAAGGCCACCAGCGUGCUGAGCCUGCCCGACGCCCAGCGGGUGCACCUACGGCUAAACCGGCGCAAGCUGAGCUCCCGCGUCCUGGUCAGCGAGUCCUUUGGGCCUGGGGAUGCCACCCCCCGGCAGCGCUUCCGCCAGCGCCAGCGCCCCCUUGCCUUUCUGGGGAGCUCCCGCGAGGAGGCCGCUGCCCCCUGGGAGGCCCAGGAGGGGCAGAGACUCCCCAGUGCUGGCAGUGAAGAGAGAGGGCUACCGCAAGGGAAGGAGAAGGCACCGCUCAUGCCCCAGCUCAGUCAGUGAGCCCAGCUCAGCCCCGCCCGGAUGGCAGCAGGGAACUGAACCAGGAAGGGAUCCUGCUACAGUCCCAGCUCCCAGGAUCCUCCAGCCACAUGCCAGGGGCAUAGAGAAUUGGCUCUGCCCCCCAGCCCCUGAUCCCUCCCAUCCCCCCCAGGACUC